GUGUAAGUAUAAGUGAAUAUGAUAGAAGUUCUCUUCGGCGGGACUAUAGCACUGAUCAUAGUUCGGGCGUCGCCUUUCUUUCAGUUGCUGUAGGCCUCUUGUGAAUACUAGUCGUUACUCAGAUCAACAGCAAAAUGGCGGAUAAGGAGAAGAAGGUUAAGAAGAAGAAGAAGGAGGGAGAGGCUUCCGCAUCUGAGACACCAACUGAAGCCCCAACCCCUGAGCCAGCCGCUACACCAGCCAAAUCUGAGUCCACCCGGCAAUCGUCGCGUGCUUCUGGAGGCUCAAAACGCCAAGCUAAACGCACUGGCUCCAAUGUCUUCUCCAUGUUCUCCCAGAAGCAGGUGGCUGAGUUCAAAGAGGCCUUCCAGCUCAUGGAUGCUGACAAGGAUGGCACCAUCGGUAAGAACGAUCUGCGCGCCACAUUCGACUCCGUAGGCAAACUCGUGUCUGAGAAAGAGCUCGACGAGAUGCUUGGUGAGGCGUCCGGCCCCAUUAACUUCACACAGCUCCUUACCCUCUUUGCGGGUCGUAUGGCGUCCGCUGGUGCCUCCGAUGAUGAUGACGUUGUCAUCAAUGCAUUCAAGUCAUUCGAUGUUGAUGGCAAGAUCGAUGGUGACCGAAUGCGCCACGCUCUCAUGACAUGGGGCGACAAAUUCACCGCCAAUGAGGUGGAUGAUGCCUAUGAUCAGAUGGUGAUUGACGAUAAAGGAUGGAUUGACACAGCCGCCCUCAUUGCCAUGCUCACCGGCAAGGAUGAAGAGGAAGAGGAGGCUGCUUAAGGCACUUUCACAAUAAGACAUUGACAGUAUCAUUGUUCAUCAUUUCCAUUUCAUCUGAUCAAAACUUACAAUUUAAUUCGACAAUACCACCAGUCGUUCUAACAUCAAAAUCAACCACACUAAAUCUUUGAGGAUGUACAUCAUGAAGGAAGAAUGAAAAGAAAAAUUUGAAGAACUUAAUGGCGUUAAUUAUUUUGAAUAAAAACGGAAAAAAAAUAAAGAAGAAAA